AUGAUAAUGAAGCCAAGAAAACAUAAGCUUACGAUUUUGAAAGAUAUUAACCCUUCGAAGCCAUAUCAGUUCAUCCCGGUCUCGGACAUAGCGGCUGCGUUUCGUAGCUCGAAAUACGGUCACGCAGCAGAUUCCAAGCUUGCAAAGCCAUUUGAUAGGUCAUCCGCGGAUCCUUCGGCUUUAUGCAGAACGAAAUUCGCCAUAUCAGGAUGGGAGAACCUUAAAGUUUGCUUUGAACGUGAGAUACUAUUGAUCAACCGUCACAGAUUUCUUUACACUUUUAGGACAUGUCAGGUUGCAUUUGUGGGAUUUGUCACAGCCACUGUGUUCUUGAGAACAAGGUUACACCCAACAAACGAAGCAUAUGCCAACGAGUACUUAGCUUGCCUGUUCUUCGGCUUAGUGCACAUGAUGUUCAAUGGUUUCUCUGAGCUGCCUCUCAUGAUCUCGCGUCUUCCCGUCUUCUACAAGCAAAGGGAUAACUCGUUCCAUCCUGCUUGGUCCUGGUCUGUCGCCAGCUGGAUCUUGCGUGUGCCUUACUCUAUCCUUGAAGCUGUUGUCUGGACUUGUGUGGUUUACUACAGUGUGGGACUUGCUCCCUCACCAGGCAGAUUUUUCCGAUACAUGUUAAUCCUCUUCUCGGUGCAUCAAAUGGCUCUCGGUUUGUUUCGUAUGAUGGCUUCUAUAGCUAGGGAUAUGGUCAUCGCCAAUACAUUCGGAUCUGCGGCAAUCUUAGUAGUGUUCUUGCUUGGUGGAUUCGUUAUUCCAAAAGAUGAUAUUAAACCAUGGUGGAUUUGGGGUUUCUGGAUUUCGCCGUUAUCCUAUGGGCAACGUGCCAUUGCAGUUAAUGAAUUCACAGCCACGAGGUGGAUGGAGCCAUCAGCUAUAUCGAAUACUACAAUUGGAUUAAACCUUCUCAAGCUACGGAGUUUUCCCGAACGACAAUUGGUAUUGGGUUGGAGUCGCUGUCCUUCUUGCUUAUGCAAUUCUCUUCAACAACAUAGUCACUCUCGCCUUGGCUUAUCUCAACCCUUAGUUCUUCUUCAUUUUUUUCCUCUUGCAGCUCUAAGAAAAGCUCGAGCAGUUGUAUUAGACGAUCCCAAUGAAGAAACCAAAACUGCUUUUGUAUCAGAUGUAAAACAAGCAAAAAUUGAGAAAAAAGGAAUGAUUCUUCCAUUCAAACCAUUAACAAUGACUUUCCACAAUGUUAACUAUUAUGUUGAUAUGCCAAAGGAAAUGCGUUCUCAUGGUGUGCCAGAGACAAGACUACAACUGUUAUCAAGCGUAAGUGGAGUCUUCUCUCCUGGUGUUCUUACAGCUUUAGUUGGAUCGAGCGGUGCGGGAAAAACUACAUUGAUGGAUGUUCUUGCGGGUCGAAAGACUGGUGGGUAUACCGAGGGAGAUAUCAGAAUCUCCGGUUACCCAAAAGAACAACAAACAUUUGCUAGAAUCUCUGGAUAUGUUGAGCAGAACGAUAUACAUUCUCCUCAAGUAACUGUUGAAGAGUCCCUAUGGUUUUCUGCUAGCCUUCGUCUUCCUAAAGAUAUCAGCAAAGAACAGAAAAAGGAAUUUGUGGAAGAAGUUAUGAGACUUGUAGAGCUUGACAGUCUGAGAUAUGCGUUGGUGGGUUUACCCGGUACAACCGGACUUUCCACAGAGCAGAGGAAGCGGUUAACAAUCGCGGUUGAGUUAGUGGCGAACCCAUCAAUAAUUUUCAUGGAUGAACCAACCUCUGGACUUGAUGCAAGAGCAGCUGCAAUC